CGCGGAAGCGCAUUUGAGCAGCGGCUGUACCGCAGUACCCGAACACAAUGGACCCUAGCAGUGACGUUUUAGGGCCUAGUUGGGCAAACGGGCUGGGAGCCUGCCGAAGCCACCAUUAGGCUUACACCUGUACCUAAUCAUAUUUACCUAUGCUUACCUCACUAGCCACGGCUACCAAACCCUGUACCUCACAGCCCUUGACAAUUUGGACGUGUCACACUACUAGCAGCGAGCACUGAAUGCCAGCAACGCGUAUCAAUCUGACAGUAAAAAAAGCGAAGUGAAAUUGGCUGUCGGCACGAAGAGACAUGUUACAGGACUAUGAGUACAUUUCUACAAUUGGCGAAGGCAGCUAUGGAAAGGUGUGGCGGUGCCGCGAGCGCAGCACGGGCCGCAUCGUCGCCAUCCGGGUCUUUAAGCACCAGGCCUCCGACCCGCAACACCACGAGGACGGCGCGGCGGUCACCUGGCUGGCCAUGCGGGAGGCCAAGCUGCUGCGCUCCGUGAGCCACCCCAACCUGGCUCGCCUGCUGCACGUGUUCCGAUCCACCGGCGGCCGGGUGUACAUGGUGUUUGAGUAUUCAGAGACCAGCCUGUCGUCUCUGUUGGACCCAAGUGGUGGAGCGGGAGGGGAAGCGGGAGGGGGAGGGGGAGCUUCCGCUGCUUUGACUCGUCUUUCCACCUCCGGCGGCGUUCCUGCCGCCUCCGCCGGACCUGGUGGUGGUGAUGGUGGCGGUGCUGGUGCUGUAUCGGCAGCUGGCAGAAGUGAACACGACAACCCCAAUCCACCACCAUCAAGUACUUCAGCAACAACAUCAGCAACAGCACCAGCAGCAGGCCACCCACAGGGCCUGCCUCCAGCGCAACUUAAAGCACUGGCCUGGCAACUGCUGUGUGCUACAGCCUACCUUCAUGACCACAAGAUCGUGCACCGGGACAUUAAGCCGGCCAACAUCCUCUUUGAGAGCUGCAGCAGCAGCAGCAUAAACAACAACGGCAGCGGCGGCGGCGGCGGCAGCAGUGACUACGAUGGCGGCGGCGGCGGCGGUUGCAGCAAUCCCACAACCGCAACCACAACCGCUGCCGGUGCUGCCGCUGCAUGCAGUAUUGUGAAGCUGUGCGACUUCGGGCUGGCUCGUUUCUCGCACUGCGGGCCUGACAUGGAUGCGAUGAUGGGAGGCGGGGGGGUGGCCAACACGCCGUACGUCGUGACCCGCUGGUACCGGGCACCGGAGGUGUUGGUGCAUGACCACUGCGGUCCAAGCGCGGAUGUAUGGAGCCUCGCCUGCACUCUGGCAGAGGCGGCCACUGGCAGGGUGCUGUUCCAAGGCGACUCCACGGCCGACCAAAUCUGGCGAAUCACCCAGUGCCUGGGACCCCUCCCCUGGCACCAAAUCGCACGACUCACCCACGCAGCAGAUCCGCACCUGCGUGACAUGGCUCUGUCAGCCGGCCGUUGUACGACGCCAACGAAUAGCAGUCGUGCGACAACCGUUAGCGGUUAUGCUCCAGCCGUUACAACAUCAACCGCCGCCUCAACCGGCCCAACUCCUGCUCUGGGCCGCAACUUGCUCAGCAUUGGCAGGGGAAGCCGGAACACCGGCACUUCCUUCCGCCGCGGGCAUACCGGUAGUCAUCAAUUCAACAAUCCGUACAAUGAAACCGCGACGUUAAAGGAGCGGUUGCAUGAUCUGCAUCCCGAGUUGUACGAGUUAAUUGAGGCGUGCUUACAUUUAGAUCCACAUGCUCGUCCCUCCGUACGAGAUCUCAUGCAGAUGCCGUACUUUUCGGAUCCACAGCUGCAUCUGCACAUGCAACAGGUGCAAGUACAAAUGCAGUUGCAGCAGCAGCAGGAGGAAUUGCUGUUGUUACAGCAACAGCAACAUGACCACCACCAUCACCACCACCACCACCUCCCCAACCCCAACCCUCACCACCACCACCAGCACCACCACCAGCAUCUCCUAAACGAGCAUCACCUGCACUACAGCAGCGGCUACUGCUUCAGCUGCCCGCACUCCCUGUCGGAAUUCGCAGCUGUUGCCACCGCCGCUGCUGCUGCCAGGGCCCCCAACGGCAGUUGCGUCCGCGGCGGCGGGGACUCUGACGCGGGUCGCGGCAGCUACUGUAGUGAAUGCAACAGCGCUGCCUCCACCACCGCUGCAGCAACAGCUCAGCCUCACCACCACCACCACAAACCGGAAUGGGAUGUGCUGCCGCCGGCAAUGGGGGCAACGGGUACGGCAGCAGGGGGAGCAACGACCACAAGGCCUGUUUCAAGACAGAUGCCACAGCACCACCACCAUCACCAGCACCACCACCAGCAGCAGCAGCAGCAGCACCAGCACCUGCACUUCUCCCUGUUUCCCAGUUUCCGCAGGUCAGCUGUGUCAGCUCUUACGCCUGCAGGCUGUGAAGCCUCCAUCCCAACCCACCACCAGCAGCAGCACCAGGAGCAUUGCAGCAACAGCAGCAGUGCUGCUAAAGGCAGCAACGACCAUACCUCCUGCCAGCAACAGCAGCAGCACCCGCAGCAGCAUCCAGAAGGGGAUCAGCAGCAGCAACCUCACCCUCCUGCUCAUCCCCAUCACCCGCACCCGACCCUUUCCCUGCCAGCCCCCUUGAUCGCUGGCCUACACGCCUUGGAGCACCGGUUGUUGCCGGCUUUGAGGGCGCUAUCCCUGCCAUUUGAGUCGGAGGGCGGAGGAGGAACGGCAUCUGGAGCCGAGGACGCCACCUCCGGUGGUGCUGCCGUUGCUGCCUCUGCUGUUGCUAUUGCUGCGCAUGACUUACGUGCGGCCCCUCCUGCCGUUCAGCACCCAAGGAGGAGCAUGUUGGCGGCGAGCAGCGGCAUUGCUGCUGCUGGUGCUGCUGAUGCGGUCGCUGCUGCUGAGGAGACGGCUGCUGCGGAUGAUGCGGCGACAGCAGCGGCUCAGGAUGCGCAGGUGGAAGGGGUUGUGCGCGAGGAGGCGGAGCGGCUGCAGCAGCACCUGCAGCAGCAGCAUUCGGUACGGCAGCUUUCGGUAAAAGAGGAACAGCAGUCGCAGCAGCUGGAGCAGCAGCAACCAGAACAGCGGGCGGAGCAGGUGGAGUGCCAGGACCAUGGUGGCAACGCUAAUGACCCGCCAGCAGCAGCUUUAACCGAAGCUGCGCCCUUGUCAGGUGUGGCACCAGCAGCCUCCCCUGCUGAUACUGCAGCUGCUGUCGCCAACUCCACCUUUGUUCCCCCUGUGUCUGUGUCGCCAUGCACUGCCACGCCUGCUGGCGCCGUACAUGUUGCGCCUGCAGCACCUGCAGCAGCACCUGUUGCAGCAGCACCUGCGAGUCCGGCUGGGGGGCGUUCCGCUGGCCCCCUCGUUCCAUCCCAGCACCCGCACCACCACCACCUUCAACCCCUCAACGCCACCAGCAGCACCGGCACUCAGCAGUUCAUGCAUCUGCAGCAGCAUCCUUCCCACCUCCGGCACCUCGCUAACCACCACCCCAACCACCACCCCAACCACCACCCCAACCACCCGCACCAGCAUACCGCAUUGGGCCACAACCGGAGCCGCUUUGCGCUGCUGCUCAUGCGGCCCAGCGGCAAUGGGGAUGCCCAUGCUGAGUCACAUGCCGAUGACGCGAAUCAGCAACAGCAGCACCUGCACCCGCACCUGCACCCGCAGGUGAGGGAUGUCACCACUACCACCACCAGCUGCAAACCCCGACAAGGGCUGCUUCCGGCUGUCAUUCUGCCUACCUUACAUCCUACCACCAUUUGUCAGCAGCAGCAACAGCAACAGCAGCAGCAACACGCGCAGCAGCAUCACCACUCACAGGGUGACACGCCAACGCAAGCGCAUUCGACUGUCAUACAACACCACGACAACAGCGAAGCCGUAUUCGUCCCGGCCAUAACGGCGCACCAUCAUCACGGUCCACAACCCCACCACAACCACCCCCAUCACCUACAUUUCCUAACACCAAUGAAUACUGGAAGCACCACCAUGCAAUUCGGGCUAUCGUCAAAUGCUGUCGCCGCCGCCGCAGCAGCAGCAGCAGCAGCCGCCACAGCGGCAACUACAACACUCUUAAUCGAAACCUCCGCGGCUGUGUCAUCAGAGGGCGGUGUCGCUGCUUGGAGUCAUCCGGGCUUUGUUGAAGAGCCUGGUGAGCCACAUUCACAUGUUCAAUCGUUGGUGCGGACGUCGCCUUGCGCGGGCAUGCAGAUGCCUUCAAAGCUAACAGCAGCACCAUCAGCAGCAGGGGGGCAUGCGGCGGCCGUUGCUGCACAUGUGGAUUUGGAGCAGGACGAAGAAGGUGGUGGUUGUGGCAACAACAACAGGAGCCCGCUUUGCAGCGGUCCGCUUCCUCCUAAACCGUUGUUGCUACCAGCUCUAGCGGGCAGUGCUGCCGCUGCAGGAUGCAGCGGCAGCGGUGCUGUUUCUCACGGCGGCAUCACACCCGGCAGCAGCAGCAGUGCUGGUCGUCGUGCAAGCGGCGCAUGUCGUUUCAGUGAUGGACACCGUUUCAGCGAAGCGGAGGGGCUGCUAACGCCGCGGUCGUUGCUGCCGCUACAGCAGCAACAACCGCAUGCAAGGCAUGUCGGUAUCAAUGCGCCAGCAACCGUUGGUGGUUUGAUAACUCAUCAACAUCAGCAACACCACCACCACGUGCUGGUGCCUGUGCGUGUCUCCGGACUCAUCGCAGCGGCUACCACCAACGUCCCCGCAGCAGCAGCCGCUGCGCCUCUUGUUGGAGAUGUUGCAGUGAUGGGUGCUGCUGCUGCUGCUGCUGCUGCUGCUGCUGCCACGACUGCCAGCAACACUGGCAGCAGCAGUAGCAGAUCAGCACCCAUCGGAUCGGCGGUGUUGGCUGCCGUUGCGGGUAAUGCUGGUGCCGGUGCGGGCGCUGCAACGGGCGACAUAACCGGCGGCGUUAAGAGAGGCUCAACUUCCACGCCCUCUCUGGUUGGUCUAACGUUACAAACGUUACCGCAGGGUCAAAAGCAACAGCUGCUGCAGCUGCAGCAACAACAGCAGCCCGCAUGCAAGGUGUACGGUGCUUCUGCUGAGGUGGCUGGAGUAGCAGCAGAGGUACCGGCAGCAGCAGCAGCCAAGUCUUCUCCUACCGACAUGUUCCCCAACUCGAGCCCUGGCUGUGCCCCUUCGCCCUAUUACCACCAGCAUCAGCACCACCCGCAGCAGUUGACGGGGCGAUCUGGGCGCAUGGGCCAGAUGUGGGCCAGCCCCCGUUACACGUCGGGAGCGGCCGGCGGCUCCUCUGCUGUUGCUCCUGCAGUGCUUGGGUUGGCUGGUAACAUGGACCGGGUGGCUGGCAUGGGGGCUGUUUGGGGCCGCAGCGGCGGAGGAGUGGAGGGCGGAGAGGGUAACAGUGGUGGCGGUGUUGGGGGCGGGGGCGUUGUGAGGCGGCGUAGCAGCAGCAAGGGCAUGCUUUCAAAGCUGGUUCGAGUGUUCAGAGGAGCGACGGCAAAGGUGGCUGCGUUGUAGGGUUUCACACUUCUUAGUAGGUAUCUUACAUGCCAACUUCUAUCAUCAGUAUCUACUUCUAAUCGCAUGGAGUAGCGAGUGACUGUCACAUGUACCAGGGUAGUUUGUAGUAUUCGUGUUGUACGGCGGUACGGAGGUGCAUAAUACGGUGUUGCCCGUUGCAUGCCGUCGGGGAUGUUGUGUUUGAGGAAGGAAGGAAGGAAAGGUGCAUAUAAAGAUACAAAGAUACAGCGCGGGAGUCUUGGGGCCUGGGGUUGGACAUAAAGCCCUUUUGUGUGUCGGCGGUUUGUAGAAACGCAGCCCCUUUUCGCAGAGCGCGGAGUUGAUGUGGUGGUGUGGUAUGGUUCUUUUUAUUUGCGAGUUUGUUUGAGCUGUGCAAGUGCUCGGCUGGAAACCAGCCGUAUCUGCAGAAUCCUGAUUUGCCUGCUGAGAUAAGUCAAAUUCAUUUCACACUGUGGUCAUCGUCGUUGGAAGAGGCUGAUGAAGUGUAUGUGUUGCACCCAUCAAGGCCGGGCGGCGUGUGUGCGUGCGUUAUGUGUCCUGUUACGUACACACGCAAGAUUCUGUACUUGGGAGCAGUUGGUGUGGUGAAGGGGGCUCGGGUGUCCAAGAACUGAUGUGAAGCGCGCAGGGUCCGUCAAUCGCUUGCUUGCUUGGAUUCAAGACAAACACGACUGUUGUAUUUAUUAAGUACGAACACGCGGGGGGGGGGCGCGGCGGGUUCCGUUGGUUGUCUUUUUGUCGUACGGCUUCCCAUGAGAAGAUCGUUUUUCCUUCGCCGUACAAUUGCCGUAUGCACUGCUUGCCUGGAGGAGGAUAUGUCAACCACCGUUGAGCUCAUUAGCGGGCUAUGCUUACGGAAAUAGAGGUAAAACCGAACGCACUGUCCUGAACUGCUGGUUGGUCGUUUGUUGCUUUGUUGGUUAGUUGGCCAGUCCACCGGUUGUCCGUUGAAGUCUCUUGUGGCCUCCUUACACUUUUUAAUUAUUCGCCUUUGCGAGCAAGCCUCAAUGUCUAACUAUUGUCUGGAUGUUGGCCGCUGGGGAGCAUUACGCGACCCACGGGUCAUGGUUGAAAUCGCAAGGGUGGAGGGGCCAUGUUGGCGGUGCUGGCUCGCUACUUACAACUCGCUUCUUUGUGCUUCUGGAUUUGAGACUUUCUCGCUGAAAAGCGGUGAAAACACCUUUUCUAGAAUGAGCGCGGCCGCAGGAUGCAUGUGCCGUACACGUCGAGUAGCGUGAGAGGAUUUGCGAUGCGAGGAAAAGGCGAAGCUGCCCGACGGACAAUGAACAACAGGUGGCAAUGGCGAGGAGCGGUGCGGAUGAUGACGUUGGUUUCGGAGGGUUGCAUGGUCUCAGGAGCCGUGUGAAAGCUCGGGGGCAUGCUUGCGUGCAUGUGUGUACUUCCAAGAUCGUUAGUUCGUUAUGGCAGUACCUGUCGUGGCGAUGAGGGUACGAUAGCCGAUUUGCGAUUCUUAAGAGUGCUAUCGCAGGUUGUUGUGGAUGCGGGAUGUGUGCGCAUGUCACGCGUACUGUUCCGCGCCAUGCUGCGAGUGGGAUGGGCGGGUGGUCACGAUCUGGGCAAUGCCCUGCGCUUUGACUUGAGGCGUCGUGCGCUGUUUGAGCGAACUGUGGGUGGUGCUGGGCAGUAAUGGAUUAACACUGGAGAGAAUUCAGUUGACGUGUGACGCCUGCAGGUGCGAUUGCAGUUUCACUUGUGAGGGGACUUUCCAUUACGUUUGGUCGUACGGUCAUUACCGUUCAACACCAUACCAACAUUGGUGCGCGCCAUAACCUAUACGGUUGUGUGCCUUACUUGCCCUAUCCAAUGAACGGGCUACAUAUUGUGCAGCUUGGGGGAUGUUUUGUAUUUGUUUGCAUUUGCUUCAUUAUUAUGAGCAUAUUGGGGGUUUUGUGCCUAUCUCCAUGUCUCAAAACAGGACAGUUGCCAACCUUUGCAGGCGGCAGGAUUCAUGAAUGAUUAUAUAACAGCGACAAUGUUAUGUUGCGGUUUCACCGGUUUGGUAGUCUAUUUCUCUAUUGUUGGGCCAGUGUUCGAUCGCUCCUGUCCUGCGGGUGAUGGCAACGAACGAUUGUACGGUAGUCAACGCGGGUCCAUUUGCGGGGUAGCUGAGUGUAAUGAGCUGCUUGUUGCUCAUAAGUGGGGCUGGUAGCGGUACCUGUGUUCGGCGCAUGGCAGGGUGGGCAGUGCCGCUAGCCCCUAUGGAAGCUUGUGGGGGUGUAACUGCCAGAGCACCUAUACGGCUGGAGGGCUUCGUGGAAGUCCUGCAAAGAGGAGUAUGACGAGCUUGAAAGCCACUGUUGGAAGCAUAUCGAGCCAUUGUGCUCCAUCAGCGGCAUGAUGGGAACAUGGCCAACAUGGGACGUUAGCUUCGAGGCAAAGGGGCCAGGCACGCAUGCAUCUGUUGGUAGGUGGCGAACGUCUGGGGGAUGCGCACCUUAACACGGCUAUUUCUUAUCCUAUACUUGUAGAAACGCAC